AUGGCGGUUCUUACAUCUGUCAGUUCAAAUUUGGAAUCAAAGUAUCAUGCUCUAGCUCCAUUAAGAGUUUUAAGGGGUCUGGUCUGUCUACUGGUGCUGCUUUCAACAGCAUUUAUAAUGUUAGUGUGCUUCGGCUUUAUUAGUGCUGUUAUAGUGCGACUUUUUAGCAUCAGUUACAGCAGGAAAGCAACAUCCUUUUUCUUUGGUGCUUGGCUAGCUUUGUGGCCUUUUCUAUUUGAAAAGAUCAACAAGACUAAAGUUGUGUUUUCUGGAGCUAUUGUUCCUUCAAGAGAACGGAUCUUACUGAUCGCAAAUCACAGAACUGAGGUCGACUGGAUGUAUUUAUGGGACCUUGCCUUGCGGAAGGGAAGCCUUGGAUACAUAAAAUAUAUACUUAAGAGCAGCUUGAUGAGACUUCCAAUUUUUGGUUGGGCAUUUCACAUACUGGAGUUCAUCCCAGUGGAAAGGAAGUGGGAGGCUGAUGAGUCAUCCAUGCGCCAUAUGCUUUCUACAUUCAAGGAUCCCCAAGAUCCUCUAUGGCUUGCUCUUUUCCCAGAAGGCACUGAUUUUACUGAGCAGAAGUGCAUUCGGAGUCAAAAAUAUGCUGCUGAACAUGGGUUACCGAUUCUGAAUCAUGUCUUACUUCCAAGGACAAAGGGCUUCUGCACCUGCUUGCAAGAGUUGAGGGGCUCUCUCACUGCAGUUUAUGAUUUGACCAUUGGCUACAAAUACCGCUGCCCAUCCUUCUUGGACAAUGUCUUUGGAGUUGAUCCUUCUGAAGUUCAUAUUCAUAUCUGCCGCUUUCCCCUUGAUUGUAUCCCAAAAUCUGAAGAUGAAAUUUCCAUGUGGUUGAUAGAUAGAUUCCGGUUUAAGGACCAGUUACUUUCCAAUUUUCAAUUUCAAGGUCAGUUUCCUGAUCAAGCAACAGAAAGGGACCUCUGUGCUGUGAAGAGCAUUUUAAAUUGUGCGACAGUUAUUAUGUUGACAGGCACAUGCAUGUACUACAUUUUUUCCUCUGUUUGGUUUAAACUUUAUGUGUCUCUAGUCUGUGCUUAUUUGGUUCCGGCCACAUAUUUCAAUAUUCGGCCCCAGCCUAUUCUUGGCAUUUUGAAGAUGAGAUCUAAUUGCCACCUCUAA